AUGGGUGCAAUUUUUUUUAUUGGUUGCUGUUACGAGGGCUUCGCUGAAAUUGAUAGAAUGAAGAAGAGAAAUGUGCUCGUUCAAUCUGCUAAUACUGGUAACAAUCCACAAGCUGUUCAGGAUACAGAUGCUCAUACUAAUCAAGAAAUCGCAGCUCCAGAGGAUACUGUUCAAGAGGAUACUGCUACUUCAGUCCAUGAGAGCAUACCCCUUGAUGAUUUACCAUCCACUACGACCGGCGAGGGUCUGAAUUCAAAUACCUCUGUGGAGACGCCGUUGCCUGUCUAUCAAAGCGACUUUUUGCCCCAAUAUAGUGAGGUUGAGUUUGAUAGGUAG